GCGCUCAUUCUCCCUCGUAAGGUGGGAGGAGCGAGCUGCACUGGGACGCUGCACGAUGCAGCAGUCCCGUCAAAAGCUCCAGGUCCAGCACCUCCAGCAGCCAGACCGCUAGUGCACCUGUAGUGGCGCUUCCAAUAACGCGUCGCUUGGAUUAAAAACAAGAAAACCAAAAUUAGUCAAAUAUGAUCGAAGCAACUUGGAGACAGAGCGCGGAGGCGACAUAGACACAUAUGGUCCAGGACAAAGAGGGUCUUCCUCGAAAUUACGAUGCGUCUCACAGCGGUGGUCUUAAUUCUGCUCGUGACAGUCAUCGCCAAAGGUUGGGAAUGCAGCGCAGGGUGCAAUACAGAAAAUGGGUUUUGUGAGAAGCCUGGGAAGUGCAGAUGUAAACCAGGGUGGCAAGGGGACAACUGUGACCAGUGCGUGCCCUUCCCCGGCUGUCUGCACGGCACAUGUGAGAAGGCAUGGCAGUGUAUCUGCAAGGAGGGCUGGGUGGGCAGCCUGUGUGACCAAGAUACUCGUCUGUGUUCAUCGAGGCCUUGUGCUAGUAAUGCCACCUGCAUAGAGACUGGAGAGGGGGGAUACCUGUGCAUCUGUCCCCAUGGCUACGCUGGAGACAACUGCCACCUGAAGAGGGGACUUUGCCUGACGAAUGGCUCUCCUUGUCAAAAUGGUGGCACAUGUACGGAUGCCGAUGGCUCAGCGGCCUACUCUUCCUGUUUAUGUCCCCCUGGAUUUUCCGGGGACUUCUGCGAGAUCAGCGUUGACAGCUGCCAGCCUAACCCCUGCCUCAACGGUGGCAACUGUACAAACCACGGCCUGGCUUUCACAUGCGUCUGCCCACACGGCUUCACAGGUUUCACUUGUAACGACACCACCAGCCUCUCUCCCUGCGCCGGUCGGCCCUGUGCCAACGAGGGCACCUGCGUCGGUCAGCCUGAUGGUACCUUCCGCUGUAUUUGCCAGAAAUGGUUUACAGGUCCCACAUGCUCCCUGCAGCACAGACCGAAGACCAGAUCCAAGCCGGUCGGUGCCAGGCCGGCAGACCACCGAGUGUUUGCUCUGACCCCGCAGCACUACUCCCUCCCUGCUCACGCCUUCCACAAGCUCCUCAGACCUCCGGAGAGAGACCUGCUCAAGAUCACCCUCAAAGAAACCGUGCACUCGUCCGGCGUCCUCGUCACCCACGGUCAGCUGGUCUGCUUCGGCAUGCUGGCGCUGCUCACCUGCCUGGUCAUCCUGGGCACCACGGGCAUCGUGUUUUUUGGCCGCUGCGAGACGUGGCUGGCUAAUGCCAAGUACAGCCAGCUUGUUCGGCAGCAAAGGGAACACCUGCUGAGGGAAGCCGGCAGCACGAGCCAGGAAGAGCCGGAGCACUCGGUAAACAUCAUCCUGCCGGAGAAGAUUAGACUCACCAGCUUUGGGAGACACUACACCUCCAUCUGAUUAAUGUGUCCCUCCCCCUUCCCCGCUCCCUCUGGAAGGAGGCUAAUAUGAAUGUCUAAAAAUAGCAGCCAACGAAAUACUAUGACUGUUGUACAGUUGUGUUUAUAUAACACGAGAGAUACUGGACUAACCUGGGAUAUAUGUUUGAAUGUAAAGUCUACUGGACCAGGCGGACAGACAUGACACUGGAUUGUACAUGUACUUUUAAUCGUACAGUCAAAAAUGUCCAGUAAACCUGUAUAAUAUUAGAAAACAUGCUGUCUCACACAGCAUUUGGUGGCUGUUUAAAAGAUGUCAUUUCUUAAGCCCAUUUUAAAAUUUAAAAGCAUUAUAGUUUUACCUUUCCUGUUACAAGCUGAUUUGGGAUGAAACAGUGAAGCUAAUGUUGGAGUAUGAGAAAUUAUUUCCAUUUAAUUAGCACAUUAAAUGAGGGAGCACUUUUCUUCUAGUAUUUGUGAUUACACUCAGAAAUUGUGCUUUUAAUUUGUUAACUGUAAGCAAAUUUUGUAGCUGCAACAAUUUCUUGAUUAGUUGUUCAACAGAAAAUUUUGCAAGCCAGUUUAUAAUUUAAAUGUUUUUCAAGACAACAUUUGUUGUAUUCAGUUUCCCAAAUGUGAGGAUUCAAUGGUUUUUAACAUGAUGGUAAGUCUUUGGAUUGUCUCUGGUUUGUAGAUUGUCAAAUUAAACAAGCUAAUAAGUCAAAAUCACAUUAAAAUGAAAAUAAUUUGGGACACAACAAUCGAUCGAUUGUUUAGAAGGUUAAUAAAUGAUGAAAAUAAUGAUUUAGUUGUUGCCCAAACCAUCUCCAUGCAACAUAUUUAGAAUUUUCCAUUUCCUAAUGAAUACAAAAUUACAUGUUGUGAGUUUGUACACUAUGUGCAGUUGACAUGCGUAAUGUUGCCACUCAAACAGCUGUUGAAAUCUUGCAAGUUGUAACUCUACACAAUAGAGACAUUCUCAUGUAAAUGUAUUAUUGAAUGUACCAGAAGCUAAUUUAUUUCUCCACGUAAAAGCCAGUUGCCUUUC